UCCUCCUGGGGAGGCCGGGCCUCGGAGAGGGCGCGGGCGCCGAGCGGCGGGGGCAGCGGGCGGGCGCGGCGACUGGGGCUGGGGCGGGGAUCCGGGCAGUGACCCAGGCGGCAGCAGCACCCCGGGCCCGCCGCCCCCUCCCCUCCGGCGAGGACAACCACUGCAUGGGGCCGGGGGGGCGGCCCUGCUGCGCCGAGCGGCGGCGACGGCGGCAGACCCCCGCCUGGGGCUGAGCCCGGGGCCGGGGCGAGGGCUCCGGGGGGACCAUGCCCGGAGGCCGGCCGGCCGCAGCAUGGCUCACGGGCCCGGCGCGCUGAUGCUCAAGUGCGUGGUGGUGGGCGAUGGGGCGGUGGGCAAGACGUGCCUGCUCAUGAGCUAUGCCAACGACGCCUUCCCUGAGGAGUACGUGCCCACCGUCUUCGACCACUACGCCGUCAGCGUCACCGUGGGGGGCAAGCAGUACCUCCUGGGACUGUAUGAUACGGCUGGACAGGAAGACUAUGAUCGUCUGAGACCUUUAUCUUAUCCAAUGACUGAUGUCUUCCUCAUAUGCUUCUCCGUGGUAAACCCAGCCUCAUUUCAAAAUGUGAAAGAGGAAUGGGUACCAGAACUUAAGGAAUAUGCACCAAAUGUACCCUUUUUAUUAAUAGGAACUCAGAUUGAUCUCCGAGAUGACCCCAAAACGUUAGCAAGACUGAAUGAUAUGAAAGAAAAACCUAUAUGUGUGGAACAAGGACAGAAACUAGCAAAAGAGAUAGGAGCAUGCUGCUAUGUGGAAUGUUCAGCUUUAACCCAGAAGGGAUUGAAGACUGUUUUUGAUGAGGCUAUCAUAGCCAUUUUAACUCCAAAGAAACAUACAGUUAAAAAAAGAAUAGGAUCAAGAUGUAUAAACUGUUGUUUGAUUACGUGAGAAACAUCUUCAGUGGCCAAGGAAACUGUCCAUUUCUUUCAGAAAGCGUUUGAAAUGCUAAAGCUAUACCUAGACCUCUUAUAGAUAAUGAAGCAGUUUAAAACUUGAAAAACAAACAAAAAACAGUUCUCAGAAUUCUAUAAAGUUCAUUAAGAAUACUUCUUAAAGGUCUAAGAAGCAGCAAACAGCAUCUGAAGCCACAAUCUAUUAUAAAUACUUUAUUUCGACUAGAAGGUACAAUCUCUCAGGGGUUUCAUAAUUUAAAAAGCUACAAUCACAUCAUGUUUAAACUACAUUAAAAAAAAAAAACAGU